UCUUCUUCCGCCCCCUUACCAAAAUGGGGUCUUGGCUUGUGGGCGCCGCUCUGUGGUUAGUGUGGGGCAACUUCACGUAUGCGAGCGACCAAGGGGCGCUCUUCGACCGGAAUUGUGGAAGAGUACCAUUGGUGAAUGUAAUGUCAGGAUCUCGAGUUGUAGGUGGUCACAAGGCUGAGCUUGGAGGGUGGCCAUGGAUAGUAAGCCUGCAGGUUAAGAUGUUUCCUAGAGCUCUACAUGUAUGUGGGGGAUCCUUAAUAAGUGAAAACUGGGUCCUCACAGCUGCACACUGCCUUAAAGAUAUCAGAGAGCCACAAUUUUGGAGAGCUGUGGUUGGAGUUCAUAAUCUUUUUCAGAGACAUCGGAACACUAAGAAAAUAAAAAUUAAAGAAAUUAUUAUCCAUCCACAAUUCAUCCCAGAUACAUAUGAAAAUGAUAUUGCACUUUUUCAUUUAAAGAGAGCUGUGAGUUAUAAUGAUUAUGUUCAGCCUAUCUGCCUACCAUUUUUUAAAGAGGUAUUUAACUUGAAUACUGACACAAGGUGCUUUGUAAGUGGUUGGGGCAAAACAACAGAAGAAGGCAAUGCUUCAGAUACUUUACAAGAAGCUGAACUACAUUAUAUUCCCCGGAGCACCUGUAAUAAAAGGGAAAGUUAUGGAGGACGAGUUGUUAAGACUUCAUUUUGUGCAGGUGAAGAAGAUGGAAUUGUUGAUACUUGCCUGGGUGACAGUGGUGGGCCUUUAAUGUGUUACCUUCCAGAUGCCGGCAAAUUUUAUUUAAUGGGAAUUACCAGUUUUGGACAUGGUUGUGGCCGAAAAAAUUACCCUGGUGUUUAUGUCCAGGUGCAAUUCUUCAAAAACUGGGUGAUAAACGAAGUGCUUCAGGCAGCAUCUGCAGACAGAAAUAAGACAAAUAUUAGACAGGGGCAGAUCCUUUUUAUUGUAGUCUUUUUCAGUUUACUAGUGGCCACAUAAAUUGGCACUAAGACCAUAACUUUUUUUUUGUAACUUGCCCUUUUUCAUAUACUCAUCUUGCCCCAAAUGCUAAUUAAUUUUUUAUGGGAAAACUGACCUCUUUGAAGUUCUCAUAUCAACAUUUCUUGCUGAUAUCAAAGAGUUAUGAUGCUUUGGAUAUGUAGUUCUAAAAUUAGAUAUGAAACCACAGACUUUU